AUGCAUCGCAGGCAGUCCAUCCUGUCGCACCGACCGAAGACCUCUUCCGACGUGGACGACGACGCCUACACCUCUGCCGCGCCGCCGCCGCACACGAUGAAGCGCACCAUCUCGCAGACAUUCCCUACCCACUACCAACACGACGUCAAGGACACCAACAUGUUGGACGCCGUCAACGAAGCCACCAUGCACGCCGACGGCCUGUCGCAGCAUUCACAGGCCAGCUCCUUCUCCCGCGCGUUUGGUGCAGUCGCUGGUAGUUUCACCCGCCAAAAGACGCGCCGGCGCAUGUCGUCCGUGUCGUCCGCCACACCUGCACAGCGUCGCCGCGGCUCCAUUCAUUCCUUAUUCGAGUCGUUGCCCUCUUCGAGCGCUAGCCAGAAGUCUACCAUGGAUCAACAGCGAAUGCCCCUGCAACACCAAGACUCUGGCAUUCCCACUUUUCAACUGCAACCACAAAGCACCAGCUCAAAGGCUUUUGCUCCCUUCAAGCGCCUGAGUAGCAUGCGACGCCGCCCCACAGCUCCGGGGCCCUCGACAGACAUCACCAAAGCUCUUUUCACGCCCGCCGUCUCCUAUCCCAGCCAGUCCGUACCAGGCGCCGCCGCCCGACAAGCAGCAGCCGCCGCAAACCAGGAUCGCCAGAACCAGCUCCGCCGCGAGCAGGAACACACCCACCGCUUUCUCAAUGGCCUCAUCACCACCUCCAUGCGUGAUGACGACAUCAAGGACAACGAGAGCGGUGUGGACAUGACAUGUGCUUCUCCCAUUGUCCGCGCCGACAGUGUCACGGAGAAGAAGAUGAUCGAUCCCUUCCAACGCCUUCCUGCCGAGCUCGCCACCACCGUCCUGUCAAACCUCGAUGCCGCUUCUCUCGUACGGGCCGAGCGCGUCUCGCGCAGCUGGAACGAACACGCCUCGUCACCGCACGUCUGGCGGAACGUCUUCCUCCGCAAACACGAACCCGAAGUACACGUCUCCCCUGCGCCUAUCCAGAUGGGCGGCUUGGGCACUGGCAAGAUGGCAGGCGGCAACCCAGCACCAGCCCAGGACUGGAAGCAGAUGUUCAGGGCGCGGAGCACAAUCGACGGGCGAUGGAAGACCGGUACACCCGCUGCCAUUUACCUCAAUGGUCACACGGAUAGCGUCUACUGCUGCCAGUUUGACGAGAACAAGGCCAUCACCGGCUCCCGAGACAGGACUAUCCGCGUGUGGGAUCUGAAAACUUACAAGUGCAUCAGGGUCUACGGUGGACCCAACCACCGGCCAACAGCUAACACUCCCCCACCCAUGGAGGAGCGACCGGAACGAGUCAUCAGCCACGCUUCGCUCAACGGCACCAAGGUUGGCAACGAGAUAUACACCGUCCCCGCCGACUACCACGACGCUUCCAUUCUCUGCUUACAGUACGAUAGCGAGAUCAUGGUGACAGGAUCCUCGGACUACACCUGCAUCGUAUGGGACAUUACCGGCGAUGAGUACGUUCCCAUGUACCGACUCCGCGGCCAUGAGGCUGGUGUCCUAGAUGUCUGCCUUGAUGACAAGUACAUCAUCUCCUGCUCCAAGGACGCCAUGAUCAAGGUCUGGGACCGCAAGACCGGCAACUGCGUCCGCACACUCAAGGGUCACAGAGGCCCCGUCAACGCCGUUCAGCUACGCGGCAACUUCCUCGUUUCCGCUAGUGGCGACGGUGUAGCUAAGCUCUGGAACCUUGAGACUGGUGUCUCAAUCAAAGACUUCCCGUCCGAAGACCGUGGUCUCGCCGCUGUCGAAUUUUCCGAUGACGCAAAAUACGUUCUCGCCGGUGGUAAUGACCACGUCGUGUACAAGUUUGAUGCUUCAACCGGCGAGCUGGUCCACAGCAGAGUUAAGCACGACGGUCUUGUACGAUCGCUAUUCCUCGACGCCUUCAACGGUCGCAUCGUGUCUGGCUCGUACGACCAGAGUAUACAAGUUUCGGAUUACGAGACUGGGCAAACAUAUGCUGUUUACAAGAACUGGACAACGAGCUGGAUCCUCUCAGCCAAGAGUGACUACAGACGCGUUGUUGCUACUAGCCAGGAUGGCAGGACUUUGAUACUUGAUUUCGGCCACAAUGUACCCGGAUCGGAAUUGCUCGCUGGAUCGAAGUAA